UAUUUUUUAUAUUAAACAUGCUACAGAAGCGCAUACUCAGAGUCCCCUUUUAGGCCAGCAGGAAAACAAGAAGAUGCAUAUCUUGAAAACGGAUCCUGGUUCAGUUGUCCCAAGUUCUGGACAAAAUGCACCUGUUGAUCCUGAUAAUAGUGUCAAUAGUGAUCAAUCCGGUCCUGAUGUUGCUGAAGCUGGUUUAACAACCAUGGGUGAAAGCAAAACUAGAUCUGACACUUUGGGGUUGCCUGUUGGUGUUGAUGCAUCAGUUCAGCCAUCAAUUUGUCAAGUUGGUAGCAGUGACAACAAAAAUAUUUGCUCUUACAAUAAAGGACCUGUGGCCUUGAUUGCAUGUAAUGAGGAUAUUUGUGGACAUUCAGAUGAAAAAUUUAUGCGCCUUGAAAUCCAUUCCAAGGAAAAGGACCACAAUCCGUCACCUAAUUAUUCUGAAGGUACAAUUGAUGACAACUCAACAACCAUGGCGAGCUUUAUUCAAGCAUCAGAUAAGGAAAUCAGUCUUAAUAACAGGGUAGCUGGUGCUGGCAAUACUUCCUUUACUCAAAUCCAAAAUAAAGCUACUUCAACAAGAAAACACAAUGGUCCUCUCACAGAAAGUAUAAUUUUCAGAAGCUUUACUGAUGGUGAUGCCCCUGCCUCCGACACGUAUACUGCCACAAACUUUUUUCUUGCCUCAGAGAUUCAAUCUGCUAGCUCCUCCAAUCAUCGCCCACAUAAAAGUGUUUCAUCUGGUGUUGAUGCCAGACUAGAAAGAUGGCCCCACAGUUUGCACCCACAGAAAAAUACCAAAAUUGCUAAUGGUGUACUUCAUAAUGUGGUUAUAAUUCCCAAUGGCGUAGUUAGAGAGAUUGAGAAGAUUGGGAAGAUUGAGGAAACUUUCCUAUGGAGUGGGAAUGACUUGAAAAGAAAAGUGCACUUGGUAAAAUGGGUAGAAGUAACAAAUGUUGAUCAAGGGGGCCCUUGGGAAGACAAGUGGCAUCUACCUUCAUGUUCAUCUAAUAGGCAAUCCAGAAUCUGGAGUGAUAUUAUCUCAACUGCUAGCCAUAGUCAGCCUUUGUAUGAGUUCUAUUUGGAUAAGUUCUAG